AACUCGUUGGGAUUGGUAAUUCUCUAUUCUCGAUUCUGAUCUUGAUAUUGCGGAAGGAGAAAAACAAGUUCUUUUGAUUAAUGUCUAUGGAAAGCCCACUAUGCUAAUAGCAAGAUGGAGAAGUUUAUCGUCGCUGAAAAUCUCUUCGAUUCUUGAAUUAUCGUCUUCUUCGACAACCCAUUUCGCUCCGUUUCACUCGACAAGUAUUUUGUCUGAGAACUCGAGUAAAAAGUUUGGUUCUAGUGGCAAAGUUUCUGAAGGCAAACGAGCUUCAAAGAACUCUAUAAGAUUCACAUGUACCGUUAAGGAGAAGCGUUCUGAUGCUAAAAAGGCUCUGCACAAUCUUCUCUUCCACACCAAAGGAAGUAGAGAUUUUCUUCAGAAGGAGUGGCACUUUGGGGAACCAAAUCGAGAGAUCCGGGACAGGCAUGUAAAGAAGAAAUCUCCACCUGGUCGGGGAAAAAAGCUUCGCGAUAAGAAAACAAAAAGAUGGCACAGAGAUGGAAGUCUUGACGGUGAGUUUGAUACCGAGACUACAUUCGCUGACCGUAAAUCCCAAUCUCAUAAGGCUUAUUCAUAUUCGAAAGACUCAAAAUCGGGUUUUGAAUGGAGACAAGGCUUUAGCUGGACAAACCAGUCUCAAAGAAGCAAGAAUUGGGGUGAUGUAUCUUCUUGUGAUGAAGAACCAUUAAUCGUAGAAUCCCGGUCUCAGAGAACAGUUCUCGGUUUGCGUCCAAUUGGUCCCCUCAAAAUCUCAGAUGUUAAGAACGCCUUCCGUUCUGCUGCUUUGAAAUGGCAUCCAGAUAAACACCAAGGGCCUUGUCAGGAGGCAGCACAAGAGAAGUUCAAACUCUGCCUUGAUGCGUAUAAAUCACUCUGUUCUUCACUCUCUUGAUCGUUUACAGAGAAACAAAUUGAUGUCAAAACC